GCGCAUGGAGGCUUUUUUUCUGUCUCAUAUUUAUUUCUAUCCUGUCUACCUCCAUCUCUAAUGUGGUCCACCGGAUCCUCGGGCUCUGAAUGCUGAACAUGUCCACUCCGAGUGAGCUCAAGUCUCCGUGUGUGACGCGGAACGGCAUGGUCAAGCUCCCUCCUCAGCCCAACGGCCUCGGCUCAGCCAGCAUCACCAAGGGCACGCCGGCCGCCAAGAACCGUCUGUGUCAGGCGUCCUCAGUGCCCCCGAGCCUUCCGUACCACUUAGAGCCGCUUCCAAUGGCCGCUGACGCCAGGCAGUACGCUAAGCUGGAGAGGCAGCUGGCCCUGGACGAGAAGGUCUUAAACCGGCUGCUGUGGUACUUCACCACAGCUGAGAAGUGUGCUCUGGCACAGGUGUGCAAAACAUGGCGUAAAGUCCUGUACCAGCCCAAGUUUUGGGAGGGCGUGACCCCGGUGCUGCACGCCAAGGAGCUCUAUAACGUGCUGCCCAACGGCGAGAAGGAGUUUGUUAGUCUGCAGGCGUUCUCGCUACGCGGAUUUCAUUCCUUCUGCCUGGUGGGCGUCUCCGACCUGGACAUCUGCGAGUUUAUCGACAACUACCCGCUGUCCAAAAAGGGAGUAAAGUCACUCAGCCUGAAGCGCUCCACAAUCACAGAUGCAGGUCUCGAGGUGAUGCUGGAGCAGAUGCAGGGCCUGCUCCACCUAGAGCUUUCAGGCUGCAAUGACUUCACCGAGGCGGGCCUGUGGUCGAGCCUAAACGCUCGGCUCACGUCUCUGAGCGUCAGCGACUGCAUCAACGUGGCCGACGAUGCCGUGGCAGCCAUUUCGCAGCUCCUGCCCAACCUUGAGCUAAGCCUUCAGGCGUACCACGUGACCGACACGGCGAUGGCCUACUUCACAGCCAAGCAGGGCUGCACUACGCGUACACUGCGUCUGCACUCCUGCUGGGAGAUCACCAACCAUGGCGUGGUGAACAUGGUGCACAGCUUGCCCAACCUGACCGCGCUCAGCCUCUCGGGCUGCUCGAAGAUCACGGAUGACGGCGUUGAGCUUGUGGCCGAGAACCUGCGCAAGCUGCGAAGCCUCGAUCUUUCCUGGUGCCCGCGCAUUACAGACGCUGCCCUCGAGUACAUUGCUUGUGAUCUGCACAAACUCGAGGAGCUUGUUCUUGACCGGUGUGUGAGGAUCACAGACACGGGCCUCGGGUACCUCUCGACCAUGUCAUCGCUUCGCAGUCUCUAUUUACGCUGGUGCUGUCAGGUGCAGGACUUUGGCUUGCAGCACUUGUUUGGUAUGAGAAGUCUUCGUCUUCUCUCUCUAGCAGGCUGCCCCCUGCUGACCACCACAGGCCUCUCAGGCUUGAUCCAGUUGCAGGAUCUGGAGGAACUCGAGCUGACCAACUGCCCCGGAGCCACGGCCGAGCUCUUUAAGUACUACUCCCAGCACCUGCCGCGCUGCAUGGUGAUCGAGUAGAGCCGCCGAAGAGCCUGCACCCUCCUCAUCAUCAAACAACACAAAACCUUCCUCCUACAGACGAACGAACCAGACUGAUGACUAAACCCCCAAACUCAUCUUGUAACCCAUGAGGGGACUCGACGGAAAAGGCAAAGGCGGAGUCGAAGAUGAGGCAGCGCAAGAGGAAAAGAAAAAAAAUAUAAAAACACACGGGAAGCUGGUCGGAAUAUUCCGGAUGUAUUUCCGACGUAUUCGUUCCAUGUGCGAAAGUGACACGAAAGCGAGUGAGCGACAGGGAGAGGCGUCAAGCUUCUAUCACAACCAUCACAUGUGACCCGUUGAGCGAAAUGGUUUCAUCUUGCCAUUCAAUAUUUUGUCUUGGAGCAAAAAAAAAUGUAAUAAAUAAAUAAACACAAACACGA